AUGAAAUCUUUUUUUUUAUUCGUUUUGGUGAUAUCAAUUCAUCUUGUUUAUAGUGCUAAUCAAAAUCCUGGUCAUUUAAAACCAUUAGGCUCUGUUGGAUCUUUAAUUAAUAUUCCAGAACUUCAUCAUGAAUAUCCAUCAGUAACAAAACUUUUGACAUAUUACAUACCAAAAUCUGUCCCAACUAUUUUUCGUCAAGUACUUAAUAAUGAUAAUCAUUAUUCUAUUUGGCAAACAGAUGAACAACUUGAAAGUGAAGUAUACGGCUUGUCAGAUACAAAUAUACAAGUCGAAUCAUUUAAAUUAAGACAAAGAGUUGAAAUGACAUUUGGAAAAUUUCUUCAACAAGUUAGAAGAGGACAUUUAAUGUUUGCUGAUGAUGUACCAGAAGUUCUUCAAAAAUAUCUUACUGUUCCUAAACCUUUACAAUGUGAAACUGUUUUAGAAACUUUUCUAUCUGCCGUUUUAAUUAUCAACCAUAUUAAUACAUCACCAUUAUUGUCUAAUGAAAAUAAUGAUCAUUUUCAUUGUAUUCUUCGUGGUAGUCAACGUAUGGUUUUAAUUAAUACACUUCAAUAUCCUGAUGUUCGUAAGAUUCUUGCACCAGAAAAACGACACCAACGUGGACCACCUGUUAAUCCAGAUCGAGUUGAUUUUGAUCUAUUUCCAUCAUUAGCAAAUAUUGAUUAUCAUAUAGCUAAUUUAACAUCAGGUGAUUGUUUAUUUAUUCCAAAUCAUUGGUUCUUUCAAGAACGUUCACUUGAAAAUACAAUAACAAUUGUUUAUAAUAUAAAACAUCAACAAGCAUUAAAUAUCGAUGUAAAUGAAUUAAAAACAUGUCCAGAAUAUGAUCCAACAUUUACACUUGAUCAAAUUGAUUGGUCUGUUGAACGUCAUCCUCAAAGUUUCAAAGAUUUAAUAAAGAAUCUUGUUAAUACAAAAACAGAUGGAUAUGAUAAAUGGCAAGAAAUGUUUUCGAAACACUUAUCUUAUGAUAUAGCAUCAGAUCCUGAAGCAUCAGCUAUGUUUGAAGAGUUCUAUGGUAUUGUUGAUGUUGAUGGAAAUGGUCAAGUAACAACAUCAGAAAUCGAACAAAUUAAUGGAAUACAUCAACAUCAUAUUACUGAUAUUCUUUAUGAAAUGGCAAAAAUUAUUAAUAGUAAACGUAAAACUAGUACUCCAAAACCAGUGAAAAUCGAAGAUGAACAAUCAAUAUUGAAUGAUAACGACAAUGAUGAACAUCUUCAUUUACAAAGUUACAAAACCGAUUUAUAA